AUGGCCGUGCGGGACGGGGAGGGGCCCAUACUGGACCAGUCCAUCACCUUCGCCGAGAUGUACCGCCGCAAGAUGGCGUGCGACAUUGAGCUUGCCAAGCUCAAGAAGCAGGCCAAGGCCGAGAAGCGGCUGCAGAAGAGUGCCAAGGAGUUCGCCGCGCCGAAUGCCAACAAGUUCACCGUGCCGACUGCCAAGGAAUUCGCCGUGCCGAACGCCAACAAGCCUCUCGACGACAUUCUUGCCUGA